GACCCCCUCCCCAGACAGCAUCUCCGAUCUUCUCGUUCUCUAUUUUUUUUUCUUGCAAAAAUCUCCCAGUUACCUUCCCUUUUUAAUUACUGAUCAGUCAAAGAGAGAGAUUUAGAGUUUCAGAGCUAUAGAGAGAUAGAGAGAGAAAGCCCCAAUUAAGUUUGGGGUUUUCUUGCCGACGAUCGCUCUCUCUCCACCGUCGAAUCCGGCAAAUUUCGAAGGAUCCUAGAGGACGAUGGAAGGAGCGAAUGAGAACCGAGGAGUGGUUAAGCCUGUAAAUUCGAGAGAGAUGGGGAAUAGGAGAGCGCUGAAGGAUAUAAGGAAUUUGGUUGGGGCUCCUCCUUACCCUUGUGCGGUUACUAAGAGGGCUUUGACAGACAAGAAUGUCAUUGGUGACAAUUUGAAUCAGACCUUUGCGGCGCGGCGACCCAUGACAAGGAAAUUUGUUGCUUCAUUAGCAAACAAAUCACAACCUUGUCAUCAGGUCGCUAGUAAUAAACUUGGGGCUAUUGGAUGUGAGAGGCAAAAGAAAUCUACCACCAGCGCUUUACAAUCAUCUUUGCCCACUGGUUCUGAAAAAUUUAAUGCAAUUGAUUUGGAGUUUGGUCACUCAGUCAAUGACUUGCCCAUGAUUGAAGGGUCUGAAGAAAUGGAGGACUGUGAUCUCAUGAAAGAAGUUGUGAUGGAGGAUCUAGUUGUGGAAAGUGCUGUAGAUAUUGAUAGCUGUGACAAGAAAAAUCCGUUGGCAGUUGCUGAAUACGUCGAUGAUAUAUACAAGUACUACAAGAGAGUCGAGACAGCUGGCUGUGUCAGUCCCGAUUACAUGUCCAGACAGUUUGACAUCAAUGAAAAAAUGCGAGCUAUUCUCAUUGACUGGCUGAUAGAGGUUCACUACAAAUUUGAGCUUAUGGAAGAGACACUAUAUCUCACUGUCAACAUCAUUGAUCGAUUUCUAGCAAGGCAGAGUGUUAUUAGAAAGAAGCUUCAAUUAGUAGGAGUGACAGCGAUGCUUCUGGCUUGCAAGUACGAGGAAGUAUCAGUUCCGGUUGUUGAGGAUCUAAUCCUAAUUUCUGACCGAGCUUACACAAGAGAAGAAGUGCUUGAAAUGGAGAGAUUGAUUCUGAACACUUUGCAAUUUAACAUGUCCGUGCCAACUCCCUAUGUUUUUAUGAGGAGGUUCUUGAAGACAGCUGAUUCUGACAAGAAGAUGGAGCUCCUUUCCUACUUCAUCAUUGAGCUGGCACUUGUUGAGUACCAAAUGCUUAAGUUCCAGCCUUCAUUAUUGGCUGCUGCUGCUGCUGCCGUAUACACUGCUCAGUGCAGUCUGAAAGGGUUCAAGUGUUGGACAAAGACUAGCGAACUAUACACUACCUAUACUGAAGAUCAGCUUCUGGAAUGUUCGAGAAUGAUGGUGGAUUUUCACCAGAAGGCUGGAAUUGGAAAGCUCACUGGCGUGCAUAGAAAAUACAGCACUUUCAAAUUUGGAUGCGCAGCAAAAUCUGAACCUGCAGUUUUCUUGCUGGAUACAAGACUUUAGGGAAGAGGCUUUUUUGAUAAUCUGAUACGAUGGCUAACUUAAAAGGCGUACAUAUGUUCAUGCACUGCAUCAAAUGGUGAAAAUGGUGCAACAUAAGUUGCAAAAUUUGGGCAACUGAAGUUGCGUAUGCUGUAUUGGUGUUUACUUGUUUCUUGCUAAUGAGGGGUUUCUUGUUUCUAAAAA